UGGGAAAUCGUGGGGAGGGUUUGACUGGUCAGUGCGCCAAUGGCUUCAAGUGUGCAUGAUAGGAUAGACGCAGCGAUUCUCAGUCCUUCACCAACGCCUAGAGAUUUCACACAGCUGUGAUUGAGAUAAUAUUCCGUAUAUUUCAUAAUAAAUGGACGGACCAGGAGCUGCAGCAUUAACGAUCCACUUGUCACCAAGGGAGAGGAGGAAUUAUUGGAAGUAAUGGGGAAUACAACACCAAAACCACUAAUAGAUGCCAGUCUACAGCACCGCACUGUGGCCAACCGCCAGUACUGCAUUAUUUCCAACAGUGGAGUGGACCGCCGCACAUCUGCCCCACCAAUCAGCAACGAGUCGCCCCGUUUUCACCCCCACGCCAAGGGCAAAAACAUCCGGUUGGACGCACAACUGCGUCGGGCCACACGCAAGAACAGUUUCUGUAAUGGCAUCACCUUCAGUCAACGACCCAUACGCUUGUACGAGAAGGUGCGUUUGCAUCUCUCGGGAGUCCACACAGGCUGGAGUGGGGCUCUACGCUUUGGUUUCACCAGUUUAGACCCUAGCGAACUUUCCUUAGCUGACAUCCCCAAAUAUGCCUGCCCUGACCUGGUGACCAGGCCCGGAUACUGGGCCAAAGCCCUGCCUGAGAGACUGGCCAUGAGAGACAAUGUUCUGGCCUUCUGGGCUGACCGACAUGGGCGGGUCUUCUACAGCAUCAAUGAUGGAGAGCCCAUCCUCUUCCACUGCGGUCUAAGUGUUACCUGUCCGCUCUGGGCCAUCAUAGACAUCUAUGGAAUCACACAGGAAGUUACAUUGCUAGAGAGUACGUUUGCUGAGAGCGUGGGCGCGAAUAAUCUGAGCACCACUCGACUUAGUGCCUAUCUGCCCCAGAGCAACCAUGAUUCGGCCAAUUACAACAACAACCAGCUGGAGACCAACCAGGCCGCCGCGGCGAAGUUUGCCACGCUACAGCUCCGCAACUACAACCAGCUCAUCCCCUGCUGCUCCACAUCUUCCACCCCAUCCAACGCCUUCACCGCCCAGAGAGCAGUCCGUGGCCUCUCCUUGCCCCUCGACACUGACCUACACUUUCACCCGGUGCGAGGCCCUGACGUGGUCCUCUCUAAUGACCGCACAGUUGCGUGUACCCACUUUCUGAACAGAAGCAGAACUCUAAUGUUCAGCGACAGGCCCGUUCGAGUGGGCGAGACUCUUUAUGUGGAGGUCGGCCAUCUCGGCUUGCCAUAUUUUGGGGCGCUUCUGUUUGGUAUGACUUCUUGUGAUCCAGGCACCCUAAAUGCAGGCGAGCUUCCUGCUGACCCGGAAGUUCUUCUAGACCGUAAGGAGUACUGGGUGGUGUACAGGGGUUUUCCUGUGCCAGCGGCGGGCGAUGUGCUCAGCUUUACUCUUCUGGCCAAUGGGGAGGUACAUCACGGGAUUAAUGGAGGAGCACGUGGUCGUCUGCUCUGUGUCGACUCGUCUCAAGUUUUAUGGGCCUUCUUUACACUGCACGGGGCCGUAAACCGACUCAGGAUACUAGGAACAUUGCAGGCCAGUCCACCCACCUCCCCAUCAGUGUCUCAGGGAUCAACACCUGACGACAGUGACUCUGAUCUGGUUUUCAGUGCCAACAGAUCCUCAUCGGCUUCUGAGUCCUCUCUCGUGACGGCUCCCAGCUCUCCCCUCAGUCCACCUGUCUCACCCACCCUCUCCUCAUCAGACAUACCGUUGGGCAACAAGAACAGUGAGUGUACAGUCUGUUUUGAUCAGGAAGUGGACACGGUCAUCUAUACGUGUGGACACAUGUGUUUGUGUAAUGACUGCGGACUGAGACUCAAGAGACAGAUUAAUGCGUGUUGUCCCAUCUGUCGGAGACCCAUAAAGGACGUCAUCAAAACCUACAGGCCAUGAAGGGACUAUAACAAAGGAUUCAGCAGAAAACUUGGUAGCUGUGGUUUAAUAUCUUGUAUGUAGCUUUGAUUUGUGUAGCAUUACGCUCUUGUCCAUAUUUCUCUCAACUCAUAUUUUAUCAUACAAAAAAUCUGAAGCCAAACGUACAUUAAGACGUGGUUUACGAGUAUUAACAAAGGUUUGUCUGAUGCCAAUUUUGAUCAGAUAUUAUUAGUGCCUUUUAUAUUUUGUGUUUCCUAAAGCAGCACCUAAUGGAUUAGACAAUCAUAUCUGGGAUGUUUUGUAAAGGUAUUAUUAAUAAUAAUAAUAAAAAAAACAUAAUUUAAAGGGACCUGGACAUGCAAAAAGAAAGGAAAUUAAGGGAUAGUUUACUCAAAAAUGAAAAUUCUGUCAUUUACCCACUUUCUUUAACAGAAAGGAGAUGUUUUAAUGAAUAUAUCGAUCCGUCUUUUCAAUACAAAGGCAGUUGAUAGUGCUUCACUUUAAAGCUUAAGAAAGUUGCCUGAUCUCAUGAAAAUUACUUGACCGUGGCAACAUUUUAGCUAAAUGAAAUUACGUGCUUCAUUAGACGUUUUGCUGCAGUUUUCCAGUGAAAUGUCCAGAGGGGGGCGCCAAAAGCGAGUGUAAUGGUGUCGUAAUCAGACGAGAUUUUUAAGGUGAAUGUUUAAUGGAUGUUUUAAUGAGUAAAACGGACCUCCCUAACUUAAAACCUUAACCUAAACCUAACCAAUAGUGUUUAAAUAAGAGGUGAACAAAGCAGAUAUCCUUACCCUUAACCAACACUAUGCCUGUCGCGAUUAUAAAAUAAUCGUCUAACCGUGGUUAUGUGAUCUAACCCCGGUUAUUUGAGAUAACCAUGAUUAUUAUGCACUUAAAAUCCCAAUAGCAUUUUAAUACCCAAAUAAGGGAAUUUUAAGCAAAUAUAUAAAUGCCAUAAACCAUGCAUUUGUGUGUCAUUCAUUUGAACUCCGAGCAGCUCCUGUCCUGAAGACUCAUGUGUGAACGCUGUCAGCAUGGCUUGCGCAGAAGUCCCAUGGAAAUACAAAAUAAAUAUAUCAACUUUGAUAGUAAACGCAAAGUGCUUCAGCUUCACUUUAAAUUAUUGUGUAAUGGCAAAUAUUCCUGGUCAUAACAGGUUCAUACAUGCUGUGUUAUUGACAUGCAGUGACACAGAGGAGGAGACACACAUGCUUAAUCUAUUUCUGUGGAGUGAUCAAAUUAUUAAAUAAAAUCUCAAAGGUUUUGUUUUAUGAGAAACAUGGAAGCAUGGGUUUUAUCAAAGAGCAUUAAAACUCUGAAAAAAAAUAGCCAUAUAUUUGGCUAUUGCAUAAUAUAAUAUAAUAAUAAUAAUAAAAAUACAUAACAAAUGUAUAUUUCUUUUUUUAAAUAUAAAAUAUAUGAGUUCCAAAAACAACAGCGUAAAUGUAAAAUUGACCGAAAGUCAAGUUGACCAAAAAGAGAGACAUAUUUUAAUAUUUAAAACAUAGUUUUUACAUUUUUAAAAAUCUUAAAAGGAAAUCAUAUACCCCUAUUUAUUUUUUUAUUUAUAUAUUUGAAGAUAAAUAUGUAAAAAUCACUUCUUAAUGUGUAUGAAGCGCACAUGCACCUUAAGAAAUGACAAUUUAUAUGACAAUUAAUUGUGAAAGCCUUAAAGAGACAAUGAAUCAUCAUAGCCCUAAAACAGAUUAAUCGUUAUAAUCGCAAUUAUUUGUUUGACAAUUAAUCUUCAGCUAAUCGUGACAGCCCUAACCAAUGCCUAAACCUAAUCGAUAGUGUGGAAAAAGCAAAUGUGUCAUUAAAGGAAAUUUUCUAAAGCAGCCACUUAAUUUUGUGUUGCUUCUAAGACACUUUUGCCUCAUUUGUAAGCUUGCAUGUUUGGCUGGGCUCGACCCGUGGCCUAAAGUAUCUGCACAUAUCAUAAAAGUAGUCCAUGUGACUAUUGAGUGAAGUUCUUGUGAAAUUUUUAAUAUAAAGUCUCGACGUCCGUUGUGCGUUCAUGAGCGCUGUGAGAGAAGCUCAUUCAUUCGAUGAAUUUGGAACAACAUGAGUGUGAAUAUAAUUAUGACAGAAUUUAAAUUUUUGUGUAACCUAUUCCUUUAAUACACAGGGCUACAAAUGUGAUCUUGUUAUUUUAAAGGAAAAAAUGAGCUGUUUUGUAUUUGUUUGCUAAUUUGAUUGCUGUGAUAAAGUGAAAAAAUAAGACUUGUGUUAUGACAGUUAAAGGGUUUGGAAAUUUGUCGCACUUAUAUCUAGAGGUAAACACGGCACAUCACAAAAUGCAUUGUGUAUAUGGACUCCCAAGUAAAGCAAAGGCAAAAAUCACCUAAACUAAAACUUAUAAUAGAAUAAUAAUAAUGCAUUACAAAAUCCCUUUUACAGAUGUUGCUCAUAUGGGGAUGGUUCACCCCAAAUGAAAAAGAGCUGUUCAAGGAAUACCAGUGAAGCAAGUUACAGUACAUGUAUAAAAAUAGUUACAGUUGAAAUAUAACGUGUUUUAGUAAUAAAAACAAAGACAUACUACGACUGAUUUUAAAAUAAUUUUAUUGGGUGACAAGUCUUUUACACAGGCUCUUUUUGGUUGUUGUUGCUUCAAACAUCUUCAAUAUGACAAUAUUUAUUUAUGGAUUAACUUGUUACACAUUCAGGCCAUAAAUGGGAGUCCAAGUACAGUUAAACUUGGUGGCAUUCUUGUGACACGAAUGCAGAUGUUUUAU